AUGGUUUCCGACCUCAAUCUCAAAAAAUCUUGGAACCCAAGGUUGCUGAAGAAUAGAACCAAGGUGUGGGAAAAAGAGCGGCAGUUGCUCUCAGAGAGAAGAGAUGAGACCGCUCACGAAGAUGCGAACAAAGAAUUGCCAACAAAAUAUAAUCAAUCUAAAUCAGUACGGAUAGACUGGAUGUACAAAAAUCCUGCUGAGCACCAAUCAGGUGGUGACGGAGAUAGUUGCAAAAAUGACCAUCUGAACAAACUUCCAAAACCUCGAAACAACCGAACAACUUUACAAGACUCAAGUUAUACUCAUCAUAACUCAUCCAGCCCUUCACUCGAGAAACCUGCAACUAGUAUUGACAGCACAUUGCUAAAAAACGACCCGAUUUUUCUCUUAAGUCAAAAAGGAUCUCUACACCGUCAGCCUCAGGUAUCAAAACACAAGAGUCACGACUUUUCGAGAAUUUCAAAGACUCGUUUGAAUAGCAAGAAGCGCUAG